AUGGCUGAUCCUUUUCUAUAUAAUACUGGAGAGAGAUCUCAAUAUGGGUGCCUUGGACAUGAAAUACAAAUUGAGCACAUCAACGCCUACAUUUGUAGACCAUCAUUUUUCACAGACAAAGCUGUGAUUGUGAUUCAUGAUAUAUUUGGAUGGCUGUUCCCUGACAUUAGAUACAUAGUCGAUUUGAUUGCAGGUCAUGGAUACAUAACCAUCUGUCCAGACUUCUUCAAGGGGACAGACCCCUGGAAAACUACUGAUCACUGGGCUGACUUUGCUGACUGGAUGAAACAUCAUGAUCCUAUGAAAGUAGACAAGGAAGCUGGUGUUGUCUUGAAGUAUCUAAAGGAACAAUGCGGUGUUGGGUUUUCCUGGGGUGGAAUGGCAGUACACCACUUGAUGCUGAAAAAUCCUCAAUUAGCCGCUGGGGUGUCCCUCUAUGGAAUAAUUAGGGACUCUGAAGAAAGAUACAAUUUACUAAAUCCCACAUUUUUCAUUUUUGGUGAGAAAGACCACACUAUUUCUUUUGAUCAGAUCACCUUAUUGGAUGAGAAGUUGAAACAGUACUGUAAAGUUGCAUAUAAAAUUAAAGUUUAUCCAGGACAAGUUCAUGGGUUUGCACAAUUGAAGCCAGAAGAUAUGAAACCUGAUGAUAAACCUUACAUUGAAGAAGCUAGAAAGGAUAUGAUUGAGUGGAUCAAAAUGUUUAUUUGA